GUUCUUGUUUCACUCCUUGCCUUCCUCUUCCCUUCGUCGCACUUCACCACCCAUGCGCAACAUGCCUGCGUCGACGCCCGACAUCAUGGGCGCCACGGCCGCGCUCAGCAAGGUCUCGCUCGACGGCGCGAGUGCUGAGCAGCUCAAGACUCCGCGUGCCGCGCCGAGCGCCGCCGCCGCCGCUCCUCCGCAGGUGCCAGUCUCGGGCCCGGGCCUGGUCGACAACAACUUUGCGCUGCGCCAGCUGCUCUUCCACGUCAACCCAUUCCUCGCCGAGAUGAUGAAGCGCACGAGCUCGCAGUCGUACGACGCCUCGCCCGCCGUGCUGGCGGCGCCCGGCGGCGCGGGCAACGGCUCGCUCGACCCGCUCGGCCAGGCGGCCCUGCCGAGCAGCCUUGCCGACGGCAUCAACAAGAAGGCGCGCUUCGUCUCCGAGGGCCACGUGCCCGCCUUCAACUACCCAACGUCGGCGCCGGCCAGCCAGACGUUUGGCGACCUCUCGCCGGGCGUGCAGCAUGCCAACCUGUACUCGCAGCAGCAACAGCAGCAGCAGGGCGGCAACCGCAGCAUCUCGCUCGGCAUGAUGGGCCUCUCGACUGGCGGCCAGACGCCCGGCGCGCCCGCGCCGAGCUCGCCGUUCGUGCAGCACGCCUACGCGCCGGCGCCGCUGAACCUGGCGUCGAACAACGCGCUCAUGGGCGGCCUCAACGGCGGCGCCUUUAGCCCGCUCAGCGCCGGCCCGCAGUCGGUCUCCUACCUCAUGCCGGGCAUGCCGGGCCACGAGCAGCAGCAACAGCAGCAGGCGCAGCUGCAGUCGCCCAUGAGCGCCAUGAGCGCCAUGUACGCCAACUUUUCGCCGGGCGCCUUCGGCGCCAGCCCGGGCCUGGGCCAGUUUGUGCCGAACAUGGGCAUGAUGUCUGCGCCGCCGCAGGGCAACCAGACGGGGCGCACCGUCUACGUGGGCAACCUGCCCGCCGACGCGUCCGUCGAUGAACUGCUCAACCAGGUCAAGUUUGGGCCCAUCGAAAACGUGCGCAUCCUGGCCGAGAAGAACUGCGCCUUCAUCUCGUUCCUCGACGGCGGCACGGCCGCGGCCUUCCACGCCGACGCGUCGGUCAAGAAGAUGUCGCUGCACAACCAGGAGCUCAAGAUCGGGUGGGGCAAGCCGUCGACGUGCCCCACGCCCGUCGCCAUGGCCGUGCAGCAGAGCCAGGCCACGCGCAACGUGUACCUGGGCCAGCUCGACGAGAGCGUCACGGAGCAGUCGCUGCGCGACGAUCUCUCGCGCUUCGGGCCCAUCGACCAGGUCAAGAUUGUGCGCGACAAGAACAUUGGCUUCGUGCACUUCCUCUCCAUCACCACCGCCAUGAAGGUCGUCGCGACGCUGCCGACGGAGCCGGCGUGGACGGGCAAGCGCGUCAACUACGGCAAGGACCGCUGCGCGUACGUGCCGCGCAGCCAGCAGCAGAACCAGCAGCACAACAACCAGGCCGCGGCCAUGGGCAUGGCGGCCGCGGCGUCGCUCGGCUACCCGACGGCCUUCAGCGCCACGUCCGUCGGCUUUCCCGGCAUGCCCAACGCGGCGUUUGGCGCCCUCGGUCCCGCCAGCGCGCCGCCGGGCAUGGGCUUCGGCCUCGGCAUGCCCUCGAGCGCCAACGCCGAGGAGCAGGCGCGUUCGGCGUCGAGCGGCUCGGCCUUUGGCGUUGCAGCUGCGGCGAUGCUCGGCGGCGGCGCCAAUGCGGCGCCCAACUCGACGGCCCUCUCGCAGAUCGGCAACCGCACCGUCUACCUCGGCAACAUUCACCCCGAGACGACGACCGAGGAGAUCUGCAACCACGUGCGCGGCGGCAUUUUGCAGAACGUGCGCUACAUUGCCGAGAAGCACAUUGCCUUCCUCACCUUUGUCGACGCCAACACGGCGCUGGCCUUCUUCCAUCUCGCGUCCUACUCGGGCGUCAUGAUCCACAACCGCCGCCUCAAGAUCGGCUGGGGCAAGCACUCGGGCCCGCUCAGCCCGGCCAUCGCCAUGGCCGUGCAGGCGGGCGGCAGCCGCAACGUGUACGUCGGCAACAUCGAGAAUGCCGACGUGCUCAACGACGAGAAGCUGCGGCGCGACUUUGGCGAGUAUGGCGAGAUUGAGCUCGUCAACAGCCUGCGGGAGAAGAACUGCGCGUUUGUCAACUUCUGCAACAUCCAAAACGCCAUCAAGGCCAUCGAGGCGAUGAAGAACCACCCGGACUACCAGACGUGUCGCAUCGCCUACGGCAAGGACCGAUGCGGCAACCCGCCGCGCAGCGUCACGCAGACGCUCAACGCCGGCGGCGCACGCAAGGCCAGCGGCUCCAUGUCGCCCAACCCCAACGCCGGCGGCGCAGACGACUCGAUCAUCUCCAUCGCCACGGACGCCGGCACGGCGCACGAGGCGGACGCUGCGCCGGCAGUCGCUUCGGGCGUCGUCGGCAGCGCAGACGCCGAGGCCAAGGCCGAUGCGUGAUUUGCCCCCUUCCUCUUCCCUCACUCUCUAGACCUGCCUGUCUAUUAUCCAGGUCGCCCUGACGCAGAGCUCGCCACGCUUCGUCUUGCGCCCCAUCUUCCCCACCGUCAUGACCCCGACCCACUGCGCGCCUGCCGCAGGACCCCUCUGUGUGUGCUGCCCGUGCUCUGCUGCAAUACCUAGCUCGUUUCGAUCUGAU